AUGAAAGAAGUGGGAGGUGAAGGUGGUGUCGCCAAUGGCAGAAACAGUUCAUUCACCGGGAGCGGCGGCGGUGGAAACAAAUUCGGAGGUGGAGGUGGAGGUCGAGGUGGAGGAGGAGGCGGUGGCGUAACCCGACGUAACAGCAGUGCACUCUCCGGCGGGAGCGGCAGUAUUGGUCACAGAGCCAGCGGUGUAGUUGUAGGAGGCGGCGGCUACAAGACGAAUGAGGAGGAGGAAGAGAGCGAUGAUGAGGACGAGGAGGGAGGCAGCGACGAAGAGAAGAACAAGGAGAAGGAGGGAAGUGGCGGUGGUGAGAAGAAACACGUAGGAGGCGGUGGGGAGAAGAAGAAGGAGAGUAGCAGGCUUUGCGGCGGUGGUGAGAAGAAAGACGAGGGUGUCGCCGGCGGCGAGAAAAAGAAAGCGAGGAUGGGCGGUGGAGAUGGUGAGAAGAAAGAGGAGACCGGCGGCGAGAAGAAGAGAGUGGGUCGUGGCGAUGGUGAGAUGGAAGAAGAGGAAUGUGCCGGCGGCGAGAAGAAGAAGGAUGGCGGUGGCGGUGGUGAGAAGAAAAAAGAGGGAAGCGGCAGCGGCGAGAAGAAGGAGAAGUGGGGCGGUGGCGGCGAAGAAGGCAGAGGAAAGAAAGAAGAGGCAGCGAAGGUGUUGGCAAAGAAGACGUUGGCUCCGCCGGUUGUGGUGGAGACGAAUAAGAUGGGUCUCCGCCGGUUAGAGGCAAAGAAGACGCACUGA